AUGGAUACGGAACUAAACUCGCCGCCGCAUGAUGGUGGUGAAACCACGGACGCUUUUCGGAAGCCCUCCAACGAUGGGUCUUGCAGAAAGUAUCGCCGCCGAGCUUUAGCUGACAAUUUGUCAUCUUCAUCUGAUGGUAGUCAGGAACGUAAUCAGAGCCCUAAUAAUGCAAAGCAUUCUAAGGGAGAUAUUAGGAAAGUUUCUGAACCAGGUUAUGCGAGGAAAGAUGAUAGGCGGGAAUAUGAUCGCAGUCGCUAUGGUAGAGGGGGCAUUGAUUCACAUAGACAUGAUAGGUACUCUAGGGAUGAUAACUAUGGAUCAAAGCGUGAUGAGUAUAACAGUCAUGAGAGGGAUGCACCUCGCUCUAGCCGUGAUUCAAGGGGUGGUCAUCAUUCUGACCAUAGAAGAGUAGAGAGUGAACAUAGCAGGUCAAGAAAUGAUUCAGACAGACAUUCCCGUGAUAAGUAUAGCAAUUCUGGACAUAGAACCAAUAGUAACGAGAAAGGUGAAGAUUUUUCAUCUGAUAGAGCGGUAUCUGGUAGGAGACACGCAGACUCCAGAGUGGAAGAUAAAGAGAAGGAUUAUGUGCGGGGCAGAGAUCAUCAAGACGAGAAAAGAGGUUCACGCUGGACUUUUGGUGACCGCCAUUCCCGUGCUGAAAAGGAAUAUGAGGACCCUGAGAUUAACAAGGAGAAAGAGAUUCAUGUCAAAUCUCCGAGAGACCGUUCUGAAGGAAAUUUUGCAACUGAGAAUCGAGAUACUCAUUCCAAGAAACUGAAGGGGUUCAUUUCAGAGAAGUUUACCCAUGGCAAUACCACUGCAGAAGAGAAACAGACAUCGAGGUUUAAGCCAGCACUUGGUGCUAAUCAGGGUUUGUCACUGCAAUCUCAUUCAAAAGAAGAUGAAGUUUCUGGUGAUGUCGAUGCUGCAAAAGUUGCAGCUAUGCAGGCUGCUGAAUUAGUGAAUAAAAACCUUGUUGGAACGGGUUACCUGACCACAGAUCAAAAGAAGAAGUUAUUGUGGGGAAAGAAGAAAAGCACGGCUACAGAAGAGCCUGCUCAUCGUUGGGAUAGUGCACUGAUUGGUGACCGUGAACGACAAGAAAAGUUCAACAAACUUAUGGGUGUGAAAGGGAGUAUAGUAAACCAAGAGCAGAACCCGAACGAAGUCCAAGUCGAGAAGCAGAAAGAAUUGCAGAUGGAUCUAGAGAAGCAGUACACCGCGGGAUUAAGGAGGAGAGACGGACGUACGGUUUUGUUGUUACAUCGAUCUCGGAAUCAAUCAUUGAUACGUGAACGAUUUUGCUCACCGAUUGUUGCCUCGUCGCCUUCUCUUCACCGGACGAAGAUGAACGGCGGUCCCUCCGGUUUCCAUAAUGCUCCGGUAACGAAAGCCUUUGUCAUCACGAGCGCCCUUUUCACUGUCUUCUUCGGGAUCCAGGGUCGUUCUUCUAAGCUCGGUUUGUCUUACCAGGAUAUUUUUGAGAAGUUUCGGAUAUGGAAGUUAAUCAUGUCGACUUUUGCGUUCUCCUCCACACCAGAAUUGAUGUUCGGGUUGUAUUUGUUAUACUACUUCAGAGUUUUUGAGAGACAGAUUGGCUCAAAUAAGUACUCGGUUUUUAUCUUGUUCUCAGGGACUGUAUCUUUACUACUUGAGGUCAUUUUGUUAUCACUGCUUAAAGAUGCCACAGCAAACUUACUGACCUCUGGACCAUACGGCCUGAUAUUUGCUUCGUUUAUACCCUUCUACUUGGACAUUCCUGUUUCAACAAGGUUUCGUGUAUUUGGUGUCAAAUUCUCUGAUAAGUCAUUCAUAUAUCUUGCAGGAGUUCAGCUGCUACUAUCUUCGUGGAAAAGAUCCAUUAUUCCUGGAAUUUGCGGCAUAAUUGCUGGUUCCUUGUAUCGUCUGAAUGUCCUUGGCAUCCGCAAGGCAAAGUUCCCCGAGUUUGUGGCUUCAUUCUUUUCCCGCCUUUCUUUGCCGUCCUUCAGUAGCUUACCUCCGCCAGCACCAAGCAGGAAUAUCGUUGGGACUAUAGCACCCAACACAGGUCGCCGAGUAGAGAGAUCUCAGCCAGCUCCAAUGGCUUCAAGUGUGGAGCCAUCUGAGGAAGCCAUAGCUACAUUGGUAUCAAUGGGCUUUGACAGAAACGCAGCGAGACAGGCGCUCGUGCACGCCAGAAAUGAUGUCAACGCCGCCACAAACAUCCUUCUUGAAGCACAAUCCCACUAA